CAAAGAAACCAGUCAUUUUCCAGCGUGUACGUGCUCCAUUGAUCACUGUCAGGGCAAGAAUGUAUCGAAGAGUGAGGAACAGUGGCUCUAAGGAGAGAGAGGGAUGCGCAGGCGUGUGUUGGAAGGAAUCUUGGGAAGGAAGUGUGACGGUGUAGACUGAGUGGGCUGAGCAGAUCAACCAGACAAGCACGGCCCGCCCUCCACUUGCUUGCCUUCUUGCCAUGGGUCGACACCUCCUGCUGGUUCUCGUCCUCUUCUUCGUCCUCUGUGCGUGGGCUGAAGGCGUGCAAGUCUUCACGUUCCAGGAGGAUGGCGUGGCCACGGAGAGCUCUGUGGCCGUGUACGAGGGCGACGUGAGUCUGUCACGCCGCAUUUACUCCCUCACCUUUUGCAUGAGGUUCAAGAUAUUCUACCUGCACCAGCGAGGAACCAUUUUCUUCCUUCAGGAAACAGCUAAAAAUCGCUUUUGGAUGCUAAGAGGAGAAGUGUGGGUGGACAAGGUGCGUGUGACCAUUGCACACACCUGGCACUUUAUGCCCCUCAAGAAUCAGCUGUGGGCCUUCAGAUGGUAUCACCUUUGCUUCACCUACGACCACACCAGCUUCCUGAUCGAAACCUUCCUGGACGGCAAGGUGGUUCAGAACGCCACAUACGACGUGGGUAACCCAGUCUACGGGGACUUUAUUGCCGUGGGCAACGGUCAGGCCAUUACAGAGGGCUACAGCGGAGUCAUCACACAGGUGAAUGUAUGGGACAGGGUGCUGAGUGACGAGGAAAUCCUGCGCCUCGCUCAGUGCCAGGCGGACACUCAGGGUAACUUCGUGUCCUGGAACGCUGGCUGGACGCUGAGUAAUGCAGCCACGGAAGACGUGCCUCUGGCUAAGCUGUGUCAAGAAGAGACAGAAAACAUUUACUUUUGGUUCCCCGAUACCACUGACGCUGUGGCCGAGUACGUGUGUGAAGCUCUGGGGACUCACCUUCCCAUAGUCACAAGCCUGGAAGAAACCGAGUACUUGUAUGAAUUAGUGAAGACCACCUGGCCGGAGAGCGACCACUGCCCCGUCUAUUACUGGAAUGGACUGACUGACGAGGAAGAGGAGGAUGUAUGGGUUGCCUCUCAUGAUAAGAACUACGUUGACAAUUCUUCUUACUGGGCCCCAAAUGAGCCAAAUGGAGGCAGGUAUGAAAAUUGCGGCGCAAUAAAUUAUUUUGGAACAAUAGACGAUGACUGUGCAUGGAAAAGAUGUGCGCUGUGCACAUUUACACAGCCGCAAAGAUUUUCAUUUCUUGGUACAUGCGAACCUGAGCUGCGCAAUGUUUACUUUGUAGCUUACCAAGAGGAAUAUGGGGGACUUAUCUUUAGAAGCUACGGGUCGUAUCACAUCACCAAGCGGAAUGGCACUUGGGUAUACUUGGACACGGUUAAGGAUCAGGACAUAGCAAAGAUGGAACCCUUCAACCCAGACUUUCCAAUGGGUCGAAGGUGGUGGACGCUGGAGAGGAAAGUAUGCGAUCAAGAAAAGCCAGGGCGACGCAUGAUGCUUCUCACACCGUGCCUCUUCCAUCACUUCACCUGCGAUGACGGUACCUGCAUCCCGCACCAUCACCGCUGUGACCUCAAGUAUGACUGCCGGGACAGGAGCGACGAGAUGGAGUGCGAGUUAAUAUCGUUCCCGGAGGACUACCACCAACACCUCCCACCAAGAGUACCAGGGAAGGAAGACUCGAAACUCCCCGUGGUCAUCAAAAUGACCAUAAAGUCUAUCGAUGUCCAGACUGUGAAAAUGUCCAUGAAGCUGUCUUACGAACUGGAGAUGAAUUGGUACGACAAUAGACUGAAUUACUUCAAUCUGAAAGUUAACGAGAGCCUCAACAAUCCUCGCCUUGACACCAUGAUGAAACUCUGGUCUCCCUUGGUCAAGCUCCUCAACACGGACACCAUCGACCAGUCACUGCUGGCCGAGGACGCCAACACGGUGGUCAAAAGGAUGACCAAGCCCUUGGGGCGGGACGACGGCGCCGCCGCGGAAGUGGACAUCUAUUCGGGGAAGGUGAACCCGCUGUCGGUGAGCAGGAAGUACAGUACGGUGUAUGCCUGCCAGUUCGACCUGACGCUCUACCCGUUCGACAGCCAGCACUGUGAUAUCCACCUACAGAUAGUGUCCGGCCAGGUUUCCUUCCUGGAAGUUCAUCCUAAUUCCUCCGUAACAUACCUGGGCAGCCUAAUACUUAAUGAAUAUCAGAUUGGGGAGUUGCAGGUGUUGCUGGAGAAAGAUUACGACUCAGGAGAGACCAGGGUGCGGAUCCCCAUGACGAGACUUUACGGCAAUUCCAUCCUCACCAUCUACAUCCCCUCCCUCAUCCUCAUGAUCAUCAGCUACCUCACCCUCUUCUUCAGGACCUCUAUCUUUGACGUCCGGGUGAUGGUUGCACUCACGGCCCUCCUCGUCUUGGCCACCCUCUUCGCCCAAGCGUCCUCGUCGUUGCCCCAGACGUCCUACUUCAAGAUGGUGGACAUUUGGUUGUUGUUCUGCGUUGGGAUCACUUUUCUAGUUAUCAUCUUUCACAUACUGAUCGACAACCGGCUUUACAGUCAAGAUAAUCAAACAAAAGUUCAUUCAUUUAAUGAACCUUUCAAUAUCAAGUUCGUCGGAAUGAAGCCACCAGUGCAGCAGCAGCAGCAGCAGCGGCGUCGUUGGGUGGUGUCCUUAUCCGUCGAACAUCUGGAAUUGUUGGCCAAGGCUUUCACGUUCCUCCUCAUAAUCGCUUUCAUCGUGGGCUACUUGGUGUACAUCUUGACUUGAGGCUUUAACAGCUAAAUUAUCAGCAAGUUAUUUGUUGUUGCUUUGAGAUAAACCUUUUUUUUUUCAGAUCUAAUGUAUACGAGAAAUGACCACUGUUCAGAACCAACUUGAAUAUUUUUUGUGUGAUCAUGACAAACAAAUAAUGUAUAUAGUAGUUCAGUUGCAUUGCACAAGCUACAUACCUGUCCUCCUUUUGGAAUAUUCCCAUGAGAAAAAAUUAUACAAUCACGAUGCAAACUCAUGGUACUCACCUCUUUAGGUCAUUCUGAUAGUGCGGUCAAAGUUCCUAUUUGAAUUAGCUAGUGAGUAAGAAAUUUGCUCUACCUUUGGGGAUCAGUUUAGCCCCAUCAUGCCACAAAACACUGGUUAUAUUUUAAAUUAUAGCGUGAAGUAACAUUUCUAAAGUAAAAAAAAAUGUGUUGAGGUUAGUCAGUGUUAAUUUACCGACUCCAUCUACAGUGUUUUAUGAAGUUCAUAGGUUCCCUCAAAAAUUCAUUAUCAUUCUCUUCGCAUUCUGAGUCGUUUUUAGCAGGUUUGCAAGGUGACUUCAGAAAGUGCUAUCUCUAUAUUUACUUCUGUUUACUUUUCAUAGGGGUAGCGUAAUCAGUGAAACCAGAGAACUCAUUAUGUAUAACUAACUCUAGUAGCAUGUAUGUGUUAGAGAAGUGUGUGUUAAUUGCAAUAACUCUUUGUGUAAUGAAGUGUCGUGUUUGACUGUCAAAAAAUAAUUUCAUAAAUGAUAAUUUUAGUCUCAGAGACACGUCAGUCCUCUCGACGGACCUACUUGGUCGGCUCGGCUGACGCCAGCCGAUGGAGUCGGUCCGUCGGCACCCUCUUCAUAGGUUGUCACCCGACAAAGGCCCUGGGUCUCUCUCCCGAGGGAUAAGCAUGCUGUGU